AUCGCAGAUGAUUCGCCCAUUCCCAUCAUCAUCUACAAUUUCCCAACGGUCACGAACGGGCUGAACCUCGACUCAGACGUGAUCGCGGAUCUUGCGGAGCACCCAAAGAUCGUAGGCGUAAAGCGCGCUUGCGGUGAAAUGGGUAAGCUAUACAAGCUCACAUCGGUUUUCUCUCCGUCCGAAUUUGGGAUAUACACGUCGAUGACGGAUUGCAUGCUCCACGGUAUGACAUCUGGAUGCGCUGGGACGAUGUCAGCGUCACCGAAUAUAACCCCCAAGCUGCAUGUGAAGCUGCAUGAUCUUUUCAAGCAGGGUAAUAUGGACGAGGCGCUGAAAUUGCAGACGGAUAUCGCCCAUGCGGAUUGGGCGGUAAGGAAGCUUGCGCCACUUGCUGAGUUCAAGACGGUCGUAGCGAAGAAUUUUGGUUAUGGGACAGAUAAUUUUGAGGGGAGCAAGCAUUCCGUGGCUUUGGAGAAAGUGAUCUGGAUGGAGAAGCAGCUUUGA